AUGGGAAUCCAUGGCCUGGCCAAGCUCAUUGCCGACGUGGCUCCUGGCGCCAUCCGGGAGAAUGACAUCAAGUCUUACUUUGGCCGGAAGGUGGCUAUAGAUGCCUCCAUGAGCAUCUACCAGUUCCUGAUCGCUGUGCGGCAGGGAGCUGAGGUCCUGCAGAACGAGGAGGGCGAAACCACGAGCCACCUGAUGGGCAUGUUCUACCGGACCAUCCGUAUGGUGGAGAAUGGCAUCAAGCCGGUUUAUGUCUUUGACGGCAAGCCCCCGCAGCUGAAAUCGGGGGAGCUGUCAAAGCGGACUGAGCGCCGGGCUGAGGCCGAGAAGCACCUGCAGGAGGCUCAGGAGGCCGGAGAGGAGGAGAACAUUGAGAAGUACAGCAAGAGGCUGGUCAAGGUGACCCAGCAGCACACUGAUGAGUGUAAGAAGUUACUAACACUGAUGGGCAUCCCCUACGUGGAGGCGCCGGGGGAGGCCGAAGCCAGCUGCGCUACCUUGGUAAAGGCUGGGAAGGUCUAUGCGGCUGCCACAGAAGAUAUGGAUUGCCUGACCUUCGGCAGUCCCGUACUGAUGAGGCAUCUCACUGCCAGCGAGACGAAGAAGCUGCCCAUCCAGGAGUUUCACCUGAACCGUAUUCUGCAGGAUCUAGACCUGACCUGGGAACAGUUUGUGGAUCUGUGCAUCCUCCUGGGCUGUGACUACUGCGAGAGCAUCCGCGGCAUUGGGCCCAAACGUGCUAUCGAGCUCAUCAAGGAGCACAAAACCAUUGAGAAGAUCGUUCAGCAGAUAGACACCAAGAAGUACCCUCUGCCUGAGAACUGGUUGCACAAAGAGGCCCAGAAGCUCUUUCUAGAGCCUGAUGUGGUCAACCCCGACACCGUUGAGCUGAAAUGGACCGAGCCAAACGAAGAGCAGCUCGUCCAGUUCAUGUGCGGGGAGAAGCAGUUCAAUGAAGAGCGGAUCCGCAACGGGGUGAAGAGGCUGAGCAAAAGCCGGCAGGGCAGCACGCAGGGCCGGCUGGACGACUUCUUCAAGGUGACGGGCUCCAUCACAUCAGCCAAACGCAAAGAGCCGGAGACCAAGGGAUCGGCCAAGAAGAAAGCCAAGACCAACAACGCCACAGCCGCAAAGGCCAAAAAGGGCAAAUAG